AUGGCGCCCAUCCCCAUCUAUUCGAAGAGCCCCAUCAGCGCGGCCAAGGCAGACGGUGUGACGCCCAAAACGGAGAGCGGCGCCGACAGCAAUAGUCGUGCCGGCAGAUACGCGCCAGAGACGCCAACAAAGACAUCGCCAUUAAGUGCGCGUGCAGGAGGGCCGCCGCCGCCUCAACCCGGCGCUGUCCCCAGCCUGCCCCAGCCGACCGGCGCCGGCCAAAGCCCGAGCUACCGCGGCCAAUACGCAUCGCCUCCGCCGGCAACAACGUCGGCCGUUGGCUCAUCGUCCAGACCAUCCACCAACUACACUCCGCCUCCGCCCCAACCGGGUGCCGUUCCCGUGCCGCCCUCGACAGCCGGCGCCAACAACUACGUCCGGGCUGGCACAUCGCCUGCACCGCCGACGACAACUGCCGCGGCCGUUUUGCCUCCGCCCCCACGUGCCGGCGAGUCGCUAGCCAGCACGGGCAUUCUCAGCGCACAAACGCAAACGCAAACGCAAACACAGCAGGCACAACAACCGACCUCGACCAUGUCUCUGCCACCCCAGAUGGGCAUAGCCCCGCUCACGGCGUCGCCGUAUCCCUCGGCUGCACGGGGCACAUCGACGGCAACGACCCAAGGCGCAGCCUACGGCGGUAUUCCGCAGCCGACGGGCCUGGCCCAGGGCCUAGCCAUGGGCGAGCAGCAGGAACGGCAGCAGAUCAACCUGAACCACCCACCAGGGUACGUGCAGGACCCCUACGCGGCAGAAAUGACUGGCUCCCAGCGGGCGACGGCAGCACAGGUCGGCACCAGCGGCGGCGGAAAUGGCGGCUUGUCGUCGUACCACAGCAACAGCGCGUUCAACAGCAGCAACCGCUCCACGUUUGACGACGGGAACGGCGAGGGCCUCUGGGACGCGGCCAAGAAGUUUGCCGUGUCAGCCGGUGAGCGGCUGUCCGCAGCGGAGACGGAGGUGUGGCGGCGGAUCAACAAUCAGAGCUAA